UGGGGGGGUGUUGCUGAUCAGGAAAUGCCAGACGCUGCCCUGGCGGAGGUGUCAGAUCACAGCGAGUGCCCUCAGCCGCCCCUGGACCAGGAACGAGAGCGGCCCGGCUGAAGAUGACCCUGGUCGGCGAGGAGGACAUCGACGAGUCGGUGGUGCUGACCGCGCUCUGUCAGGGUCACCGCGAUCCCGAGGAGCUGGGGCAGGAAUGCUGCGAGCGGGCGUUCAUCAACAUCUCGGGGCUCCGCUUCGAGACCCAGCUCAGGACCCUGGCCCAGUUCCCCAACACCUUACUCGGCAACCCGAGGAAGAGGAUGCGCUACUUCGACCCCCUGCGGAACGAGUACUUCUUCGACAGAAAUCGCCCCAGCUUCGACGCCAUCCUGUACUACUACCAGUCGGGCGGGAGGCUGAGGAGACCUGUUAACGUGCCCGUCGACGUUUUCCUGGAGGAGAUCAAAUUUUACGAGAUGGGCGAUGAGGCCAUUGACAACCUCCGGGAGGAGGAAGGUUUCAUUAAGGAAGAGGAGCGGGUUCUGCCCAGCAACGAGUACCAGCGUCAAGUUUGGCUGUUGUUCGAAUACCCCGAGAGCUCGGGAGCUGCGAAAGGGAUAGCCAUCGUCUCCGUCCUAGUUAUUCUCAUUUCCAUCAUCAUAUUCUGUUUGGAGACCCUGCCCGAAUUCAGAGAAGACUCCCACCCGAACCUGAUGAAUUUUGCUACCAAUGGCACGGAAACCGUGAGGAUGAACUCGUUCACCGACCCCUUCUUCAUCAUCGAGACUCUAUGCAUCGUCUGGUUCUCUUUCGAACUGUUGGUGAGGUUUUUCUCCUCUCCCAGCAAGCCUGGCUUUUUCAAGAACAUCAUGAACAUCAUCGAUAUAGUGGCCAUCAUCCCUUAUUUCAUCACCCUGUUCACCGAGUUAGUGUACCACCAAAGCAACGGGCAACAGACCAUGUCCCUGGCCAUCCUCAGGGUCAUUCGGCUUGUUCGGGUCUUCCGCAUCUUCAAGCUCUCCCGCCACUCUAAGGGUCUCCAGAUCCUGGGGAAAACCCUGCAGGCCAGCCUGAGGGAGCUGGGCUUGCUCAUGUUCUUCCUCUUCAUCGGGGUCAUCCUGUUCUCCAGCGCCGUCUACUUCGCCGAGACCGACGACCGUGAUUCGAGUUUUUCCAGCAUCCCCGACGCCUUCUGGUGGGCGGUGGUCACCAUGACCACGGUGGGCUACGGCGACAUGUACCCCAUCACCAUCGGCGGCAAGAUCGUGGGCUCGCUGUGCGCCAUCGCCGGCGUCCUGACCAUCGCCCUGCCCGUGCCCGUCAUCGUCUCCAACUUCAACUACUUCUACCACCGGGAGAACGAGCAUGAGGACCAGGCUGAGUAUCUGCAUGUCAGCAGCGGGCAGCAGACAGCUUCCCUGAGCCGCUUCAAAGCGAGCGACCAGUCCCUGGACAAAAGCGAGAACCUGGAGGCCGAGGACAACGUGGACGCGUUGUUCCUGGGUCCCCACCAGUACCCCAGUUACACCCCAACUAAACAGAAACCCCAAGCCAAGAAAAUAUUCACUGAUGUAUGAUCAAAGGGAGAGGAAAGGACGGGGAGGGGUUAACUCGGGUGUUGGGAUCUGAGGAGAAGGGGGAAUUGAACACAGAGAAACCCUACAUUCAGUGUUCUCAGUCACAUUAAAAGAAACGUCUGAUAGUCAGCCUCAACCCAUGGAAGCUAAAUAUUUUUGAACCAAUACAUGUGUGACAGAAUUAUAUCUAUGCGAGGGAGGGGGAGCAUCGAAUUGAAAAACAAAAGUCUUCCUUUUUUUAGCUUUGCUGUCAACGUUUGUAGUUUAUUUUACAGUUUUUUUUCCUGUGGUUUAUUGCGACUUGCCCGCCAUUUUUUGUUGCAUUGGUCUUGACACAUUUCACGAAAGGUUAACCUUCAAUGUGUGUCAAUUGAGUUGAACAAAAACGAACCGUGCGGCAUCUAUGUUUUUUUUAAAAAAGAAGAAAAGCGAUUAGCUUCUAUCACUCCCCCCGCCUCCCCUCGCUUCCUUCCCGCUAAUUGCGUAUCACAUCAUGGGAGAGGAG